AUGGCCCCGACCGCCGCCAUCACCAAAGCCUCAAAUGUCCUACCUUCCUACUACCGCUUCCUACUCAUGAAUGUGGAAUCACUUUUCGCAUUUGGUGGCGUCAUCAUGGUCCUCGUAGCCCCUGGACAUUACGUGACAGCCUUGACAAGAGAGAGUGUGGCGUCGAUCGACUCAGCCACAGAUUUCGUCUACACACAGCUGGGAGGCGGAUGGAUGGUGAUCGUGUUCAUCGAGGCGGUCAUCAUGAGGCUGGUGGACGAUAUCAAGGUCUGGAAACUUCUCUGCAUGGCGAUUCUGCUGAGUGACGCUUUGUACACGCACUCGAUGGCGCAGGCGGUCGGGGGUUGG